AACCUGCCCACCAAGUUGCGUUACGAACCACGUUUCUUUCUCUCCCAAAAAACCACUAUUUAGGGAGUUCUGUCUUCACAACACUUCUUUUCUUAACAACAUCUUUCAAUCUUUUUCUCUUAGAAGUUUUUUUUCUUUUUUUUUAACCUCUCAUUCCCUCUCUUUAGCCAUAUUCUUUCUAACUUCACAUAUAAAUCUCUUUAGUCAUCAUCUCUCUCUAACAAUUUGUUUCCUCUGUUUUUCUCGCACCAAUACAGAAUUCUAGAGAUCAUUUGCUAGGAGAGACCAUUUCAGAUUCAUAGGUUUUAAGAUCUGGGUUUAAGCUAUUUGGUUCUUUGGUUUUGAAUUCUAUAGAUUAUUUCUUAGAAGACUCAUUUAGAAUUUAGAAAAAGCUCAUAGCUUUGACCUGUGAGAACAGAGGAUUUCAGAAGAAAUAUUUAGUAAUGGAAAAAGGUUCAGGUAUUUGUAGGGACGAUGAGCAAAUGGAAUUGCCUCCGGGUUUUCGAUUCCACCCAACCGACGAAGAGCUUAUAACUCACUACCUUUCCCAUAAAGUUCUUGAGAGUAGUUUCUGUGCUAGAGCCAUCGGAGACGUCGAUUUGAACAAGGUCGAACCCUGGGAUUUGCCUCGGAAAGCGAAAAUGGGCGGAAGAGAAUGGUACUUCUUCUGUGUUAGAGAUAGGAAGUACCCAACUGGUUUGAGGACUAACAGAGCUACUGAUGCUGGUUAUUGGAAGGCAACGGGAAAAGACAAGGAGAUUUAUAGGGUCAAAACCCUAGUUGGAAUGAAGAAAACUUUGGUUUUCUACAAAGGGAGAGCUCCUAAAGGCGAAAAAACCAAUUGGGUCAUGCAUGAAUAUAGGUUGGAGGGCAAGUAUUCCCUCUACAACUUGCCUAAAACAGCCAAGAAUGAAUGGGUGAUUUCGAGAAUUUUCCAGAAGACUUCAGGUGGGAAGAAGACACAUAUUUCUGGGUUGCCGAUGAUGAACAGUUACGGCGACGACGACGAAUCACAGCCUCAGAAUUUGCCCCCAUUGAUGGACUACUCUUCUUCAGCUCAUGAUGAUCAGACAAGAAGAAUAGCCACGAAUACGUCUCACGUGACCUGCUUCUCCGAUCCAAUGGAGGACGACAAGAAGCCCCAAGAAACCAUGCUUGACACCUUCAACAAGCCUUCUGAUCUCUUUUCCACUCAUUUUUCGCCGAAUUUAGAGAAUUUGCAGUACACAGACCCUGCUUUAAUGGAGGAUCAAUCUAUACUAAGGUUUUUGCUUCAGAAUAAUGGGAUGAAUAUGAAGAGGUAUUCGAAAGCAGAGUACUCGGCGGAGACCGGCAUAAGCACUGAUAUCUCUUCGAACCAUGAAAUGGGUCAGAUCUCUUAUGAAGAUCCAAUCAAUUCUGCUGGAGGACCAGUGGACCUUGAUUGCCUCUGGAAUUACUACUAAAUUUGAAGAUUAAAAAAGAAGAAGAAGAACAGUAGAGAAAAUAAAAGAAGAAUACAGUGAGGAAAGGGAAAUAUUUAUGAUGUCUAGUAAAAUUUAUAUUAUUAUCAAAUUGUUGUUGUGUGUAGUAGUGUGUACAGAUUUUCCAAUUCUAAUGAUUUGUAAUAUAUGAAACCAAAUUCUCUA